AUGGCUGCACUCAGGGCAACCCCGUUAUUGUUAGCGCCACUGCACAAUCUUCGGAUUAUCGCCUCUACACACUCUCGCCCGCUUUCUCCAUUCCCAGUCCCACCAAAAUCCGGCAUCAAAUUCAUCUGCCUCCACUCACCGAGUUGCUCAGCCGCUAAAACCACACCAAUGGAAGCUACCGCCGCCGCCGUCGCCGCCUCCGAUGGCCAGCACAGGUCGGGCGAUUGGUUCUCGGUGCCAGAGCUCCGACUCAGAGACCACAGAUUCGUCGUGCCUCUUGAUUACUCCCUCGAUGUUUGUACUUCACCGAACAUUACAGUCUUCGCUCGCGAAGUUGUCGCUGUUGGAAGGGAAGAAGUAGACCUCCCUUUUCUGCUUUACUUGCAGGGCGGACCAGGUUUUGAGUGUGCACGACCAACUGACGCAAGCGGAUGGAUAAAAAAAGCAUGUGAAGAUUACCGUGUUGUUUUAAUGGACCAGCGUGGAACAGGCCUAUCGACACCUUUAACAUCAUCCUCAAUGUCUCAAUUCGAAUCUGCUGAGAAGUUGGUUGACUACUUGAAACACUUUCGAGCUGACAACAUAGUGAAUGAUGCGGAAUUCAUUCGCAAAAGGCUUGUACCUGGUUCCAGGCCUUGGACAGUGUUGGGGCAGAGUUAUGGUGGCUUUUGUGCAGUUACCUACCUCAGCUUUGCCCCACAAGGGCUGAAGCAAGUACUUCUAACCGGCGGGAUCCCUCCAAUUGGAAGUGGAUGCACUGCAGAUGCCGUUUACAGAGCUUGCUUUGAGCAGGUCAUGAUUCAGAACGAGAAGUAUUACAAGAGGUUCCCUCGAGAUAUUGAAACGGUUCGUGAAGUGGUCAAAUAUUUAGCUGAUGCUGAGGGAGGUGGGGUUCCUCUUCCAUCGGGCGGCAUUUUAACACCACGAGGUCUACAGCUUCUGGGUUUGUCGGGUUUAGGAUCUAGCACUGGUUUUGAACGUUUACACUACAUGUUUGAGAGAGUAUGGGAUCCUAUAUUAGUUCCUGGGGCACCUAAGAAAAUUAGCUAUACUUUUCUGAAUGCAUACGAAAGGUGGUUGGAUUUUGACACUAAUCCUCUGUAUGCUCUCAUGCACGAGUCCAUAUACUGUCAGGAUGCUGCCUCAAGUUGGUCUGCUCACAGAAUAAGGUCGGAAUACGACAAUAAGUUUGAUGCAGUAAAAGCAGUCAAUGAAGGAGCUCCUGUGCUAUUUACUGGAGAGGUGCCAGUAGCUGCUGCUGUUUAUUAUGAGGAUGUUUAUGUUAACUUUAACCUAGUUAAGGAAACUGCCGCUCAAAUAGAGGGAAUUCAGCUAUGGAUUACCAAUGAAUAUAUGCAUUCAGGUUUGAGAGACUCGGGCACUCAGGUGUUGGACCAUUUGCUGGGCAUGUUAAACGGGAAAAAGCCCCUAUUUUAG